AUGUAUAGAUCAAUUUUAUUUCUUUUUCUAUGUUUUACAACAACAAAGAUUUCGAAUGGGGAUGUUGAUAGAAUUAAACAAUAUAACAAUAGAGAUAAAUCUAAAUUAAUCUAUUCACAUUCAAUCGAACCAUUCUAUGAUAAUGAAGAUAUUCAAAAACCAACAAUAAGAACAACGACGAUGGAUGGUGAUGAUGAUGAUGAUGAUGAUGAUCAACUUAAUAAAAUAAAAACAACAACGAAAACAAGCGCAAUAUCUAACAUUUUUUAUCGAUCAACAAUGAGAGAAAAUGAUAAUUAUAUCAAUGAUUUUGAAAGAACAACUACCGUAACUAAAAAAAAUUAUUUCCAAAAAAUCAAAGAAAAUAAAACAAACUUGUUCUUGAACAGUUCAUCACAAAAAAAGUCUAUGAAUGAAAUUAAACAAAGUAUUAUUCUUGAUGUUUAA